CAGAGCAGCCAGUCAUCAACAUCCCCCCCAACGUCCACGGAGCUGUACCGUUAUGUGGCUCUGAACUGACAGUGAACGGUUCAGCCGGAGCAGGUUACGACAGUGUAACAUUCGUGGACAUGAGGACACCUGCCCAAGCGACUUCUUCCGAAAGGCGGACCGGGAAUCCUGACUGGCAUCGAUUUUCACCGAGCAAAUGAGAAAGAGUCGUCAUGACCAUUUUUCUGCUGACCAGUCUCUCCUUCACUGAGGGACCUCUGCCCUUUUUGGUUCCUGGACUGAUCAAUGCAGGAAUGAGAUAAUAAAGUUGACCACCUGCUACAACAACACCUGUGGCACUUGUAAACCCACCCCACCCUCCUUACUCCUCCCCAAGCUAAGUUCAUUUCAACAGUCAAAACAUGACGACACCGGCUCUCCUGCCACUGUCGGGCCGCAGGAUACCCACUCUGUCGCCGGGUGCCUCCUCUUUUCCGCACCACAGGGCUACAUUGAGGCUCUCCGAGAAGUUCAUCCUCCUCCUCAUUCUCAGUGCCUUCAUCACCUUAUGUUUCGGGGCCUUCUUCUUCCUCCCGGACAAUUCCAAGCACAAGCGCUUUGACCUGGGCUUGGAGGAUGUGCUCAUCCCUCACAUUGACUCUCCGAAAGAGGGGAAGCACGCCUCAGGACAGGUGAUCAUACAUGGACAGGGAGGACAUGACGAGCACAGACACAGGGAGGAGGAGGAGAGCCUGCGGGACAAGAUUCGGGCAGACCACGAGCGAGCACUGCAGGAGGCAAAGGAGAAGCUGAGAAAGUCGCGUGAGGAGCUGCAGGCUGAGAUUCAGACAGAGAAGAACAAAGUAAUGGAGGACCUGAAAAAAAAGGAUGCAGGGCCUAAACCCUUGCCACCCGUCCCCAUGCCCAAAGUGGUGGGCGUCUCUGAUGGUGAGCCAGCAGAACCUGACGUCAAAGAGAAACGUGACAAGAUCAGAGAGAUGAUGAAGCAUGCCUGGGACAGCUACAGACAGUACGGCUGGGGUCACAACGAGCUGAAGCCCCUCGCCAAAAAAGGACAUUCCACAAAUAUCUUUGGCAAUUCCCAACUUGGGGCGACCAUUGUGGAUGCCUUAGACACCCUCUACAUCAUGGGUCUGCACGAGGAGUUCAAGGAGGGCCAGGAGUGGAUCGAACAGAAUCUGGACUUUGGUGUGAAUGCUGAGGUGUCCGUGUUUGAGGUCAACAUUCGUUUCAUCGGGGGACUGCUGGCCGCCUACUACCUCUCAGGACAGGAAGUAUUCAAGCUGAAGGCGGUCCAGCUAGCCGAGAAGCUGCUUCCUGCCUUUAACACCCCCACGGGGAUCCCUUGGGCCAUGGUCAACCUUAAGAGCGGUGUUGGUCGUAACUGGGGGUGGGCGUCUGCAGGCAGCAGCAUCUUGGCAGAGUUUGGGACUCUCCACAUGGAGUUUGUUCACCUCACUUACCUGACAGGGAACCCUGCCUACUACCAGAAGGUGAUGCACAUCCGGAAGCUGCUAGCCAAAAUGGACAGACCCAACGGGCUCUACCCAAACUACCUGAACCCCCGCACGGGCCGCUGGGGCCAACAUCACACCUCUGUCGGAGGACUUGGCGACAGUUUUUACGAGUACCUGCUGAAGGCCUGGCUCAUGUCAGAUAAGACAGAUACAGAAGCCCGCAAGACCUAUGAUGACGCCAUCGAGGCCAUCGAGCGCCACCUGAUACGCAAAUCCAACGGCGGCCUGACAUUCAUUGGCGAGUGGAAGAAUGGCCACCUGGAGAGGAAGAUGGGUCACCUGGCUUGCUUCGCCGGCGGCAUGUUCGCGCUGGGUGCUGAUGGUUCGCCCGACGACAAGGCCGGGCACUACCUGCAGCUGGGAGCUGAGAUUGCGCACACCUGCCAUGAGUCCUACGACAGGACAGUGCUGAAGCUUGGUCCGGAGGCCUUUAAGUUCGACAGUGGACUGGAGGCGGUGGCCGUACGGCAGAAUGAGAAGUACUACAUCCUGCGGCCGGAGGUCAUCGAGACCUACUGGUACAUGUGGAGGUUCACUCACGAUCCCAAAUAUCGGCAGUGGGGCUGGGAGGCAGCACAGGCCAUUGAUAAGUACUGCAGGGUGAGCGGAGGUUUCUCUGGGGUGAAGGACGUCUACUCUUCCAACCCGACCUACGACGAUGUGCAACAGAGCUUCUUCCUGGCCGAGACGCUCAAGUAUCUGUACCUGUUGUUCUCCAGCGAUGACCUGAUGCCAUUGGAGAGUUGGGUCUUCAACACGGAGGCUCACCCGCUUCCUGUCCUCCACCUGGGCAAUAUCACCCUGCCGGGCAGCGAGCCAGCUCAGCUGUAGACAGACGGGCCCUCCUCCUCCACCACAGCACCAGGGGGCGCCACCUGCCCGCCUGCCUGCUUGCCCAAAAACCCACCCACCAACACUGGACAAACUUACAUUCAGCUCUACAGACUCAACUGCUUUUGGACUGCAGACAUCAACCAGAGGAGACUGAGAGAGCCUCCGGCACAGACCACUGCAGCAUGGAGAGGAUGAUGAAGCUCCCUCUCUUCUUCUGCGUUUUUCUCUUUGACUCUCUCCGUCGAUCUCUCUGUCUUCUCUGCUUAAAUCAGAAAGAUGGUGGAUUUGCUGCUCAGCCUCACGACUGGCUUGAAUUGACUCUUUUCUCUGAAGGACCGAGCUCCAAAACCGAGGCUUGAUUGAAUUUUUUUGUUCUUAUUUUCAGUGUUUUUUUGAGAUUUGACCAAGCUUUGCUCCCAUACAGACUGAAGCUGAGGCACUGAGAGUGCGUAUGAGGUUUUGUGAAGGAUCACUCAGUCAGUUUGACACUUCACUGAUGGAAGUGUCAUUUUCCAGGCAGACAGACUGGAGGACUUUACAGGGUCUGUUGAUAAGGUGUCUUUUUUUUUUCUUUUCUUUUUUUUUGACAAAUCAUUAAUGAGGACACAGGGUUGAAUCAAAGCCCUCUGCUUCCCCCUGACCCGUUCCCUCCCUAUUCCACUUCCUGUUAAAUCUUCAUCAGAUGAACUUUGACCUGGGACUGUUAGCAGCUCGUCACAUCAUCAGAGCGAGGGCGGGUUGUGGCAGCAGCCCCCACCUCCCUCUCUAAUCCUCCUUUUUCAGAAAAGUGGACCAUUGUAAGUGGAACAGUAAUGACACAGGAAAAGCAGCAGGCCUCCCCAUCUUCACAACCCCCCACCUGAUAUUUUUCCAGUUUCUCUUCCACUUAGAGACGUCACAGAGCCACGUUUUCCCCCGAAACAUUCUGCUGCUACUUGUUUGGAUGCUGCUUUUUUUUUUAUCUCUCCUUCACCUUUUACCCAUCACAAGCUUAUCAACCCCUCUCGCAUCUGCUCUAUUCUCUUAUGUCCCACCUUUUCAUAAAUCACUCCAAGUCAUUUUCAUUUGUGAGAUGAGGUUUAGAACCCAACUCUGUGUGUGUGUGUGUGUGUGUGUGGUUAAAGUGACCUCUGCUGUAAAUCAUUUAUUUGUGCACUUUGUAUGGGAGGACAAUGAGCAAGAGGAAAGUGGAGGUGUAGCACUGAAAGAGCUGAAUAAAUGAAGACUUUUCUGUGUGUCCCUGCCGAGCUCCCAGGCCACAUUUUCUCUGUUCAACCCCACAUCACUUAUUGGACCACCUAUCUGUAAGUUGCCGGACUCAUUCUCCGUUUUUCUUUUCCCCUCCUCCCACAAUCCUGGUAUCUCAUUUCAAUUUUGGAUAUUUUCUCCAUUUGCCUGCUGAGUUUACAGUACGAAGCUGCGAAUCCAUUCCCUCCUGUGGUUACUGCUUAGUGAACAAUCAUGACCAGCUACUGUAUGUUGAUUUGACCCUGUUCAUUGUAUUGUCCAACUGCUAAACGCUCACAUCAUAUCAUCAACCAGUCAUCAAAUCUUAAUAUCUGUGAAGAAACUGAGGUCUGGGAAAAGUCUGAAAUUUUCAAAGAGAACAAAUCAAGGACAUUUUUGGCUGGUUUGUUUACAUUUUGAAUCGCGCCUUUUUCGGGUCGUUAGAAUUUCUCCUCUCUGUAAGAGUUUGAUAGUAUGAAUAUUUUACUUGCUCCGUAUGGUGCGAUUUAUCAAGAGCUUGGCCUUGUUGAGAGAAGUCAGAGCCACCACGCACCACGCUGUCUGCUCACAUACCAGCAUGACUCUGCCUCCAGUUAUCGCUCCCGCCACAACUCUCUCUGCUCCAUCCCAAGCAGCGUGAGGAAUCUGGUGCUCGGGUUGCUCACAUAAUAGAUAUUACAGUCUGUUGGCAAAAUGUUAUGUUAGCAAACAACCAAAACAACUCGACUCUGAAACAGUCCUCCCUGGUGACAGAUGUGCUGACUGCUGGACCUUGACUAAAGGGUUUACACAUCUCAGUUCAAUGUGACCUGCUGUAUCAAACGCUCCUUCUAAGACUCUCUGUGCAGGAUUUUAUGCUAAAAUCUACACAGACUUACAGACAACAAUGGGGACUGUAGAAUAAAGAAAAAGCAUCUUAUUCCUGUCAAUUUAGAUGCUGCAGAUUCAGUCCAAACCCCACUUUAAACCUGAAAUUUGGCAUCUCAAACAUAAACCUCAAUACAUUCAUUGUACAUCAUUUAAAGCACAAGGAAACACUGCAGUUGUUUCUCCAGACCUGCUCCCAUUUCUGUUUGACGUUAAAGAAUUAGUGAAAACUGUCGAGUGAGUGCGAGUAAUACGUUAAUGAAGCCAACCAGCUCACAGAGAACAUCGUUACUUUCCUGAGGUCAGAUGAUCCAAUCUGACAACAACUAUUUAAAGUCGGAUUUUCAGUAUGGAAGUCUGUGUUUGUGUGUGUGAGAGAGAGAGAGAGUGUGUGUGUGUUUGAUGUGUUCUAACAUUUCCUGUGAGCUGAUUAAUAAUCCUGCAGGUUGCCAGUUUGUGUGACAUGAAUCUCCAAUGUGUGCAAGCUCACUGUAUCAACUGACUUUUAGGUAUAGAGGAAACUGCAGAGUUUCACCUCAGAGGCUGAUUUUAAUGCAGGCUGAUGAAGGACUUGCACUAAAACCAGACUUUUUGUGUGUGUGUGUGUCUGGCUUUGAUUCUUUUCAGGCCUUAUUGUCAAACGUGACGCUGUGGCCAACGCUGUGCUCUUUCACGCUCUUUGCUUUGUGUUUUUUUAAUACAUCAUGAUGAUAUAAGGUCUUUAUUAUCGUUUUUCUUUGCACAACCAUGGAUAGACUCUACUGUGAUCGAGUACAAACAAAAAAGGUUGAAAGCAGACUUUGCACCAGCCUACAAGAGCAGAAGAUAACUGUUCCACUCCAUUGAAAUGACAGAAAAAGGCUUUUGCAUUUUGUUUUACCCAGCAACACGACUAAAGGUUCUCUAAAAACGUAUCAGUAUGCAUUCACAUUCACAUGUCCCAACAAACUUCUGCACAGAAGGUCAGCUGCUCACCUGCAGGUGAUGUUAACAUUACUGACUGCAGAAAUGGACACAGGCAACAAGGAUUACAUGGAGUGCUGCAGAAAUCUAACAUAUAGUUGUUGCUCUUUGCCUCAAACUGCUGCACAUCUCAAGUGAGCACAAACUGUUGACAGCCAACACAAAGACAGGAUAAAAGCUGAGAUUUAAAGGGCGAGGCUGGAGAGUAAGAAUAAAAAUCAUGUCGGCUUUAUUUGUAUAGUACCGGAUGUUCUUUUCUUAUUGUCGACAGAUCCCGUGAAAAGAGCAAAACCAUCGAUGAAUUGAUCCUUCUGUCUGUGUAUCCAAAGCCUGAUAUCUCUUCUUCCUCUGUGCCAUAGAGCUGCAUUGUUCCAAACACUAUUAAAACACACCAGUGAGACACACUGUUGCUUCACUACCACACACACCGUCCUCCAGCCAGAAAUGUGCAGUUGGAAAUAGUCCUCAACUAAUGUGCUGUUUACUCAUCUCUGAGGAACAUGUGAUAUGGACAACGAUGCCCAGCUGUUUUGGAAUGGGUUAGAGUUGAGAGGCACAGAUGGGAGAGAAGUUGAAAAGUGUGGAGAGACACAUGGUUAAUUCUGGUCUUUUCACGGGAUUGGACGACAAACACUUAAAACCUAAACGUAUAGAAUAAUAUCUGCCUUGUACUUUGAAUAUGUUUGGAAAUUGUCACCUGAUUUCAGAAAAACAUAGGUCCUGAUCUGACAAACCAGUGUAGGAAGCAGUUACAGAGUUUGAGAAGAAUGUCUUAAUAUCAAAAAGUUAAAAAAAAAAAAAAAAGCAGCUUUGACCAAACAUCUGGCCGAUGUUCUGCUCAGUGUUGAGUUUAUAUUUAAUCGAUUUACCUUUUCUUUCAAUAAAUGAAGCAACAGUUGUCCUCAGUUUUUGGUUCAAGGUUUAUGGAAGCUCUCACAACACUGGUCUGCAGCAUGGCUCAGUCUACGUCCAGGACUUUCUCUUCCCAGUCCCUCAUUCAACACACUUCCUUCCCUCCAUACAUUUCUCGUCAUCACCCAUCCAGCAUCCUCUCCACGUCUCGCUUUCAUCUGACCUGUGGCGGCAGUCAGCCUCCAAUCCAUUGAUGCAGUACAGUCCUGGCUCUCAGCCUCUGUCCCCCAGUCUCCGACAUCAUCACCAUCUAUUUCUGAUAGGGAGGAGGCCCAGGCGAAACCUGGGCAGCCAUCGAGUCGCUGGGAGCGACGUUGAUUUUGAAAAUUGAGUGUUCUGUAUUUGUAUUUUUACUGAACUAAAAAAAAAAAAUACAAUUAAAGUAUCUGUAAAUAUGUUUAAACUGAGACACAAAUUCAAUAAAGAUGUUAU